UCCAAAACCUGUUCCCUUCAUGGCUAAAAAGAAGAACAAACAGCAAAAUUACAACCAGGCCAGACAGAUCAACCAUAUUAGGCACUCAUUGAAUGAGUUUCCACAGAACUUAGCACAGAAUCUAAGUCGGAGGCUAGCCCUACGAGAAGCAGCCCAACGAGAGACAAUACCAUCGACAUCCAAGGCAGAUAGUCCCCCGGCCUACGAAUCCUACUUAGCCAUCUCAGACCCCCAAGCCGACUUACAAGCGGAAAUGGCAGAGUCGAAGAAGCCCCUUGUGCAGGGGAUUGCCAAACUAUUCAACAACACCGAACACGCCGACAUGAAGAUCUUUAUCGGCGCGUUCGAGCUGAGGUAUUUGGGAAUUGCCAUAUUACAAGAGGGGACUGGCUGGUGGUGGUGGUACACGCUGGGUGACCUUAAGGACACGAAGGGAGAGAGGGAGCGGGAUACGGUGUAAAGGUAGAUUAUAGAUUUAGAAUUGAUAGGAAUAGAUAGAGAAAAAUAGAUCAAAAGGAAUAUACCACA